AGGAGAGGGCAACGCACUGUGGCGAGCAGCCGAUCUGUCAGCAGCGCAGUUGGUGUUGUUGUGCAGUGCUGAGGAACCGCAGCUGUGAUUAUGAUUGAAUAUAAUGGAGGAAAAUGGACAAAUCACGAACUGAGAUUACUGAGUACACCUACAGAGAUUUGGACUGGACUUAAAAAUGCCACAGGCGUUUGAUACCACUGCAGAUAUCGGUGUUUUCUGGAUUUAACGCAGUAAAGUUACGGGGAUCUUUGUCAUCCCGGACUAGAGAAAGACAAGGGGGCCUGAAACUACACAGACGUCGGUUGAAGUUCAGCUACGGGCUGCGCUAGCUACGUUAGCAUUUAGCUUGGUGUGAACAGUCUUUCUUUAUCCAGUGGGAAGUAGGCUUGUGAAGGGCAAUGUUAACUGUGUAUUGUAAUGCAUAACCAGGGACAAUGUGUUUUUAAUAACUAUCGUGUCUGGUGAUGACUGCUUUGGCAACGUUAGCAGCCGUGCUAAUAGCUAAGCUAGCUGGCUAGAUCUCCGGCAGGGCUAGCUUGUUGUUCCCCUGCUAACUUAGCUUCACUUAACUGGGAACAAAAAGACAGACUCCAGUUUAGGUAGUUUGCCUUGCUGACUAGAAAACCUAUCUCAGCAGUAAUUUCUGCUCAAAAAAUUUGCAAAAUGGCAUAUUAUAAUGUCAAUUCCAGAUAAUAAGCAUGUUUUUCUUCCCUGCAUAGACUUUUGUCACCAAGCCCACAAGAGUCCGGAUGCGGCUUUAUGUACACUUUGAUUACCUGUGCUUUUACUUUAAAAUAUAUAUUAAUCUGUUACUAAAAUAAUAUUUUUUGGCUCAAGAAGGAACUUAAGUGUCAGCUUGUGGUUAUUUAUAAGCUGCCAGUUAUCAGUUUGAAAGACAGUACCAGUUUACAUUACAAGUUUUCUUCCCUCACCACCUAUGACCAAACUAUUAUUGUUGUCAGCGUUAUUUUUAAGGAUGAUUCCAGCAGGUCAUUUCUGUCGACUGGCCCCUUUUUAGUCUCAGAAUUGCAUAUCAUUCGGAAAACUUAACAGGCAAAACAAGGACUUUUAGCUCGUAAGUUAAUGGCAUAACAAGCCUUUGUUUCGGGUCAACUGAGUGGAAUAACACACAAGGGGGUUACCCAACCUUGUGUCCACAGGGGAAGUUUACAGUCACUCUACUUCAGCCCCUGGGCUCAGAUGUGAGUACGAUGGGCAGCCAGGGCAGCCCAGUGAAAAGCUACGACUACCUGCUGAAGUUCCUCCUGGUCGGAGACAGCGAUGUGGGAAAAGGAGAGAUCCUGGACAGUCUGCAGGAUGGAUCAGCCGAGUCCCCCUACGCUUACAGUAGUGGUAUUGACUAUAAAACCACCACCAUUCUUCUGGAUGGGAGGAGAGUGAAGCUGGAGCUUUGGGACACCUCUGGACAGGGGAGAUUCUGCACCAUCUUUCGCUCAUAUUCCCGCGGUGCACAGGGGAUCCUCCUGGUGUAUGACAUCACCAACCGGUGGUCCUUUGAUGGAAUCGACCGGUGGAUCAGAGAGAUUGAUGAGCAUGCUCCAGGCGUGCCUCGAAUCCUCGUUGGUAACCGGCUACAUCUGGCCUUCAAACGGCAAGUUCCCACCGAGCAGGCGAGGGCGUACGCCGAGAAGAACGGCAUGACUUUCUUCGAAGUGAGCCCUCUGUGUAACUUCAACGUUAUCGAGUCCUUCACAGAGCUGUCGCGCAUCGUCCUGAUGAGGCACGGCAUGGAGAAGUUCUGGAAGCCCAACAGAGUGUUCAGCCUCCAGGACCUGUGCUGCAGAGCCAUCGUGUCGUGCACUCCGGUCCACCUCAUCGACAAGCUCCCGCUUCCCGUCGCCAUCAAGUCCCACCUCAAGUCCUUCUCCAUGGCCAACGGCAUGAACGCCGUCAUGAUGCACGGACGCUCGUACUCGCUGGCCAACCCGUCCGGCGGCUCCAAGGGCAACAGCCUGAAGCGCUCCAAGUCCAUCCGUCCGCCGCAGAGCCCGCCGCAGAACUGCACCCGCAGCAACUGCAAAAUCUCCUAACUCGCGGCUUCCUCGGCGUGAGAGACAAUGAACGAUCGACAGCAUGGUGAUCAGGAGUGUACAGGACGUAGUUAGUAGUUAGUUGGAGGAGAAGAGCACAUCCCCAAACCUGAAGAGCUGAAGAGCAUGAAUGACGGAUAAGGGGAUGAAGGAGUGCUACCUCUCACCUUCAUGUUAAAGACCAUGAUGUACUUUUGUCAGGUGAAAGUGCGGGAGGGGAGGGGAGGGGGCGGGGUCUCGGGGUCUUAAGAUAUCCGAGGAGAACGACUGCAGGCAUCAUGGUCUGCACACACCUGACUCUCACUACCACCAACUGCUCAAAUGAGAGAAAGGGAGUUUAAACUACGUAUGUACAGAAAUCCCUCUCCAACUCAAGCAAACAUAUUUAGUUGCUCUACGUGAUGCACGCCUCAUUGUGUCUGUGCAUCACAGAAAUCACCUCAAUAUCAAUUCUUCACUUUUAUGUCUGACUUUUCCUUUUCUUUCUUCUGUCCGUGUGGUUAUAAUUUCACCUGUGUUCUGUCCACACAGCUGGUUUUAUUUGGUGUUGUUUUUAAGGACCAAUAAGCUAAUGAUCAAGACACUAGUAAGCAGCCAGUCCUUGUAUUGAUCAUUGUUAAUCAUCAGCUGGCUGUAACAGUUGUGUUUGAACACUCAUUGUGCUUUGGAAGGUGAAAUGUUUUAUUUAUUAGCACUCGCUGAAUUGAAGUCUUGGUGACAAGAUGAGUGAAGGUUAACACCCGGUGUUGUAGUAGAAGUGGAGGCAUUCAAACCGGACUCCCCCAAAAUCUCCUAAAAGGUCCAGACUUGCUGCUGUGCCUACAUUUUGUAGAGGUGUCAAUAUAAACACGUUGCUUUUUUUUGCUUUUUUUUUUUUUUAAUGAUUCAGUUGCAACAAACUGGCUUAAAGUACAAACACAAAUACGAAAUGGAUGAGUGAAAUUUCCCCCAGUAACCAGUUCUCACAUUAGAGUUUUAGGUUUCUAUUUUUAGUCUGUGGUUCACACAGGCGCCUUGCGGUGAUGAGGGAUCAAAUGAUGCCUGUUGCCAUGGAUACCACUCAACGCUUUGACAAAUAAGUAUCCUAUUUAAAGUCUCUCCACAUUUAUUUUUAACUUAAAGCCACUUGAAGAAAAAACCUAAUCGAAGAAUGCUGGCGAUAUUCUACUUUUUUUUCUUCACAUUUGUCAUCAAAUCCCAUUGAAAGCCGUUUUCUUUUUGGCCCGCGAGCUUCUGGGAGUUGUAGUCUGGAGAUGAGAUGGGCUCUCCGUGGUUUCAGAUCUCACACCUCACCUGUCAUGUCACACCUGCUACAUGCAGCAGGAACGUGCACACACCAGGCCUGGUUCAUUUUAUUUGAAAACGUAUGCACGAUGAAGUGGAUCUGCUUUCCAUCCGUUGGUUUCAGUGUUGGAGGUGGAGCGAGCAGGAAGCCCAGAUAUGUCAGGCUGUCCUCGGAUGAUGGCGAGAGUGGCAGUCAAAGGCCUGAUGAGUGUAAACAGAAACCAGGCUGAGUAGCUGGACAGGAUCGUGUCAGGUAAAGUGGAAUAUUUCUUGUGUUAACAGUAAACAGUGACCCGUGUUUAUCCGUUAUAGUAUGAGCAGCUCCUCGUUUCCCACAGUAAUAACUAAAGGACCAAACUGCUGCUUUGUUUUAAAGAAUAUUUGACCCAAUCAGCUACGUUGUUUAGAGGCGAUAAAUUGAGAGAAGAUUAAUCGCCAAAUAUUUUUGAUUUUCAAUUCCUAUUUUAAGUAAAAUUCUAAGUAAUUUGCUGUUUUAAACUUUGGAAUAGUUUUUGGGUUUUGGACUGUUGAUUGUACAAAACGAGACAUAGGAUUCAGGAAAUUGUGAUUGUGCAAUUGUGCAUUUCUUACUAUUUUCUUUUGACAAUUUAUAGACCAAACGAUUGGCAGAUUAAUCAAUGUUGAAAGCUUCCCCAGGCAGCAAAAUGGUUUCAAUAUAUUUCUAACAAACGGGAGGUAAAAGUGCAUUUGUUGGGGACUAUUUUAGCAGGGGGAUUAGUCCACAGUUGGUGGAGUGUUUGUUGGACAACUCUACGGCAUGGAGGAUUAAGAUCAAUCAGGCUUUGGACACAGUUGUUUUAGUUUUGUGGGAUUUGUUGACAAUGAGAAAAAUGCAGACUAUCACUCAGUGGUUGUCUUUGAAAAAUGAGCACUAUUUGUCAUCAAUAUAAUUAAGAAAACGAUUAACCCUUGUGGUGACCGUUUCCACUAUCACAGAGUUACAUUUUUAACCAACUUCCGUUCUGAUCAUAACUUCCAAAUAUUUGGUCAGCUUCACGAUUUUAAACAUUAAAUCCCAGUUGUUGUUUUUUUACAUAAUGUCACUGUUUUUUAUGAGAAUAAUUGCUUUGCAGGAAACACUGCAGUGAUCCGUAAUACAGCAGCGAGCCCCGAGUGGAGACCAGGAGAAUAGCAUGUAAUCGAUAUAAGAGACUCAAUCUGGUGGAAAAUAGUAAAAAUCUACUUAGCCUGACAUAAUGGAAUGCAUGGUUUCAUGCUGUAACGUUAGUGGGAUCAGACGUGGUUAAAAUGGUUUUCGCGAGUGGCAUUUGUCUCUUUUGGAUGCAUUAAUACUUAUAAACUCCACCCUUACCCUUAAAGUAUACACGUUAUUAUUAACAGAGCCAAAAUGAUCAAAAAAAGCCAGAAAUGUCCCAAGUGAUGCACAUGGGUAACCGCCACAUGAUUUUCCCCUCAUUUCAUACUACAUGCUGCAUUCAUGUCCAGUGGGAAAUUUCGGAUACAAACGUACGAAACAACAAGGAAGCAUCUGCUCCAAGGUAUCGUCCGUUUGUGUGACCGGACGGAACCACCAGUCGGAGCACGGGAACUCUUCCGAGUCGCUGCUUUUGAACCCCCAGAGCGCUCCGACUGGGUUUCCCACAGGAUUGAAUGCAGCAUGUCUUCUUCUCUUCUCUCCCUCUGAUCUGCGCCACCGCCUCCGCAUGCUGUCCCAUGAUUCCUAGCUGCUGAAUAAUGGAUGCUCUUUUCAUAGAUCUCUGGAGGGCUUCAUCAGUACGCCUCUCCGUUGCUGCUCUUUCAUCCUCCACUCAGCUCAGCGUGGUUGGUUUCUUCAUCUUCACCGCUAGUCCUCCUCUCCAUCUCCAUCUCCAUCUCCAUCUCUCUUCUCCCUCUAUAUUAUAAAGAAUUAGCUGCUGCUUGUUUCCCAUUUGAGAUGCCACAUUUAUUUUCCUCAGGUGUUUUGUGUGUUUUCCCUCCUUAAUGCGGUGCGGCCCAUUCAGCCCAGUGUUUAUUCUCCGUGUGUAGUUUAGUGCGAGUGACCUCUCUUGGCCUCAUGUCAGGGACUCGUCUUUGCCUCCAGACUCUAAGGUUGUCUUGACUCUGUGGUGAAGCCUCUUCGCUUUAGGAGAGAUUCCCACUGACGCAGCGAAGACCAUACAAAUCUCUUAACUCGCUUACCCCCAUUUCCUACAAAUUAGUACUUCCAUCAGUGGCUCUCUGCCUGUUUGAAACGAGUAUGCGAGUUAAAGUACAAAAUGAAAAGUACUUACUAUGCAGAAUAUCAAAACAAUGUAUAUUAUGCUACUGGAUUAUAAUUGUUGAUGCAUUAAUGUGUUUAUCACUUAUACUGCUGGGUAGAUUGAUCUAUAAUUAUAAAUUAUCAUGAAAUUAGUUGAUUUCUAUUUGUAUUAAUAAUAUAAAUCUAUUAAGUAACUAAAGAUUUCAAAUAAAUGUAGUAAAAAAGUACAAUAUUACCCUCUGACAUGUAGUGCAGUAGAAGUAUCAAGUAGCAUAACAUGGAAACACUCAAGUACCUCAAAUUAGUAGUAAACCCCCCCCACCGCUGGAAACCAGCCGCUGCAAGAAAGCUCGGAAGAACCCGUUUACACAUGUAGAAUUAUCAACAGUUAAUAUGUAGGAAAUGGGUUCAAAUGUGUGACCGCAGGCAAUGGUCCUUUUUUAAAGGAGGGGUAAAAAUGAACUAAUGCCCCCGACCAGAAGAGCGUUUGUAGUCACAGAGUCCCAUAGCUCGUCUUUUGUGUUUGUUUCGUCAACAUCAGUGUUUUGAGAAAGAAGGAAUUUGACUCAAGCUUGUUGCCAAGAUUUUCAGGAGAGGUUUCUCUCUCUCUGUAAUGCACAUGGAAAAUGCUUUUAUUGUUGUUGUUGUUGUUGCCGACUCACAAAGCUCAAUAGCGCUCACUGGGUGUAAUGAUGUUGUUUUGUGUUAUAUUGUACAUCCAGCCUCGUUUUCCUCCAUGUUUUCAUCUCCCUUUGUUCUUUUUUCUAAAGACUUCCUCAGUGUUUGUUGAGUCUUUGCAAAAUUGUGUUUCUCCUAAACUUUACGUUUUGGACUUUCAUGGACAUUUUUUUUUUAAAGAUGGAUACACCUGUAGAGGAUUGUGAGAGAUUCAGGGACGCCCUCUCUAAGUGUUUGUAUAAAGGAGCAAACUGUUGUGAUAAUGAUGACAACAUGGGGGGGGGGGGGACUUGUAAAACACUAUUCUGGUUUGUGGCUGAAGCUGCUGAGUAAUCUGAAGCGAGUGUAUGAUAGUGAGUGUGUGUGUGAGAAUGUUCUUCACAAAGCUGAACAUGUUUUCUUUUUUUUUUAAAUUAUUGAUUGUACAGUUUCAAGGCAAGGGUAUGCAGAGAGAGACUUUUUCACAAUAAAACUAUUGAAUGUC